UUUCGCCCCCCCCCCCGCCCCACCCCUGACUGGGUGGAACGAAGAGAAGCUUCUGUGCGGCUGCCUGAAGUUUGGAUUCUUCAGUUGUAUUGGAAAGAAACAAGGGUCCUGCUCCACUGAAUGUUUUAGAAUUGAUGCAAGAUUGCUGCUUUUGGUCAUUGCCGAAGCUAAAGAGUGCAGGAGCGGCAGUCAGGAAUCAAAAUGGAGGGAUAUGGCCUGGCAGGAUCUUCAGGUGAGAGAGUGGAGUCGGGAGAAAAGCACUCCCAUAUGGUCCAACCCGAGACUUUCAAGAAGUUUCUAACAGUGGCAGCUCCACAAGAAAUCAAGCAGGAACCAGCUGAGGGACUUCGGCAGUGCUGGGAAGUCCUGCAACCAGGGUUCCUGAAGAUAGCACAGCCCCUUCAUUCAGGGUGGAGAAACCCACAGCUGCCUCAGCCCCAGUCAGAAGAAGAUAGCAAGGGAUUUCAAACUUCCUUUGAGAAAAUGGCUGGUGUCGUCCAGUGGCCUCGAGGAGAGCAUCUAACCCAAAUUCUGCCAGACCUCAGUGGAGACACCCAAGAGGCCCAGGAAUACCUGGAUUAUUCUGUAAAAGUGAAGGAAGAAAGUCCCGACGAGGAUACGGCCAGCUUAGAGACACGGCACCAGCGUUUCAGGCAGUUCCGCUACCAGGAGGCUGAGAAGCCCCGAGAGGUACUGAGCCAGCUCCAGAACCUUUGCAGUCAGUGGCUGAAGCCCGAGAGACACACCAAGGAGCAGAUGGUGGAGCUGGUGGUCCUGGAGCAGUUCCUGACCAUCCUGCCCCUGGAAAUGCAGAGCUGGGUCAGGGCAGGGGAACCAGACACUUGCUCUGAGGCGUUGGCCCUGGCAGAGGAUUUCAUGAGGGCUCAAGAAGAGGACCAAAGACCAGAGCAAAAGAUAUCAGUAUCUUUGGAAGGCCAGGCUGCUUAUUCCCCCAAGGCAGAGGAAGAUCCACCUGACACCAUGAAGAUGCCAUUUUCUCUGGAGGACAAGCAAGAGGUCCGUUUGCUGGACAGUGAGCAGAUGCAGCAGAAUGAGGAGGAGAUUCUGGAGGUGCAAAUAUCCGAGCAAGUCGGCAUCAGUGGAGCACCAGAAGAAAGAGCAAAAGAGACAUGUGUUGAGGGUCCUGAGGUGGAAGAGAUGCCUGGAAGUCAAGAGUGGCCAGAGAGUCACCAGGGAAGCCAUGAAGGAAAGAUAGCAAAGCAAGCCCUUUAUUCUGUAGAUGGCGAUGAAGGUUUAGCAGAAAGGACCUUCCCAGAGGGAACUUGUGGGCAUCAGGCAGAAGAGACCGGCGCUGCUCUUAGACCAAACUCCCAUCAGAGCUUUGACCUUGUUAAGAACCGGGACAUGACAGCAGAGGAAAAAAUGUAUCAGUGCAUGUAUCGUGGGAAAAUCUCCAGUAAGAGAACACACGUCCUGAGCAUACAUGAGAAAACUCACACACCGUAUGAAUGCUCUGAGUGUGGGAAAAGCUUCUCUUGGAAAUCACACCUUUUUAGACACAAGAGAAGCCACACGGGAGAAAAGGCACAUGAAUGCUCCGAGUGUGGGAAAGGCUUUACUUUUAAAACGGACCUUUUCAGGCACAAGAGGAUCCACACGGGAGAGAAGCCGUACGAAUGUGCAGAGUGUGGGAAAUGCUUUAGUCGUAAACCGAAUCUAAUUACACACAAGAGAACCCACACUGGAGAGAAACCACAUGAAUGCUCUGAGUGUGGAAAGCACUUCAGCCGUAUGUCAACCCUUAUUACACACAAGAGAACCCACAUAAGGGAGAAGCCAUAUGAGUGCUCUGAGUGUGGGAAAGGCUUUAUUUUAAAAAUAGACCUUUUUAGGCACAAGAGAACUCACACAGGUGAGAAACCGUAUGAUUGCUCAGAGUGUGGGAAAUCCUUCAGUCGCAAAGCAAACCUUAUUACACACCAGAGAACCCACACGGGGGAGAAGCCAUAUGAAUGCUCAGACUGUGGGAAAAGAUUCAGUCGGAAAGGCAAUCUUAUUACACAUAUGAGAACCCACACGGGAGAGAAACCGUAUGAAUGCAGCGAUUGUAGAAAAAGCUUCACACAGAGAAUACAUUUUCUUAGACAUGAGUCAAUCCAUGUGAGAGAGAGAAACGUUGAGACUGUGGGGAAAGUUGCAGGCAUAGAUUGGUGCUUACCAAACAUGAGAGAAUACACACACACACACGAACCAGGAGUAAAUAUGGAAGAGCAGAAUAUGAUAGGACCCAAAUCAGGGCAGAGAUUGGCAGCUGAAGGAAAAGAUCUUCACAUUGUCCAAGUAGAGACAGUGGGGGAGUUUCUGACAGGGAUUACUCCACCACAGAUUAAGCAAGAACCAGAGGAAGGGCUGCAACAAUGCUUGGAGGCCCAGCAGCCAUUUCUGAAGGCGACCGCGCAGUCCCCGAGUUCUGGAUGGGGAAAUUCACACCUUGCUCAGCCCCUGUCAGAGGCUAACCAUACAGAAUUCCAGGCCUCUUUCAAGGAAGCCGCUGAGACUAAUCAGUGGCCUAGAGGAGAAAUGGUAACCCAGUCCGUGCCAGGCCUCAGCAGCAGAGGAGCCCCUAAGGCCUACAAAGGUUUGGACCCUUCAGUUGAAGUGAAGAAGGAGAUUCUGGAAAAGAACACCCUCAACAUGGAAAUGAGGUGUCAGCGCUUCAGGCAGUUCUGCUACCGGGAGGCUGAAGGCCCCCGGAAGAUAUUCUGCCAACUCUGGGAUCUUGGUCACCAGUGGUUGAAACCGGAGAGACACACCAAGGAGCAGAUCCUGGACUUGGUGAUCCUGGAGCAGUUCUUGAUGAUCCUUCCUCUGGAGAUGCAGUGCUGGGUCAGGGAACGUGGGCCAGAGACCGGCAUCCAGGCAGUGGCGCUAGCAGAGGAUUACCUGUGGAAGAUGCCAGAGGCUGAGAGAUUAGAACAGAAGAUGCCAGAGGAUUUGGAUGGUUUAACAGCUGCUGAUUCCCCCAAGUCUGAGCUGGAUCCAUCAGAUAUUGUGAAGAUUGAGGUCCCCUCAGAAGGCGAUGGAUACAGUGACCAACAGUAUUUUUUCGGGGAAGCUGGCAACAUGCAAGAGGGCAUCUGUAGUAACACAAGAACAAAGAUGGGCUCAGACUAUGGGAAAACCCUCCGUCCGUGUUUUGACGCCCUUCCUAAGAACCAGAAAACACCGGCGAAAGAAAAGCCAUAUAAGUGCCAAUACUGUGGGAAGAUCUCCGAUUGCAGAGCACAUCUGAUUAUCCACGAGAGAACCCACACUGGAGAGAAACCCCACAAAUGCUCAGUCUGUGGCAAAAGCUUCACCCGGAAAGAGUCUCUUAUUAUACACGAGAGAUUCCACACUGGGGAGAAGCCCUAUAAAUGCUCGGUCUGUGGGAAAACCUUCAGUGAUAAAAUAGGCCGCCUUAUACAUGAGAGGACCCAUACCGGAGAGAAGCCCUAUAAAUGCUCUGAGUGUGGGAAAAGCUUCGGUACUCGCUGUAACCUUCUGAGGCACAGGAGGGUACACACAGGGGAGAAACCAUACAGAUGCUCUGAAUGCGGGCAGAGCUUCAGGUACAGACCGCAGCUUGUUAUCCAUGAGGGGACCCAUAAGGGCGAGAAACCCUAUAAGUGUGCAGAGUGUGGGGAGAGCUUUAGUCAGACCCGGCAUCUUGUGAUACACAAGUGGACCCAUACUGGAGAGAAACCCCAUAAAUGCUCCGUCUGUGGCAAAAGCUUCAAUCAGAAAUCGGACCUUAUUACGCACACGAGAACCCACACAGGAGAGAAGCCAUAUGUCUGCUCAGACUGUGGGAAGAGCUUCAUUUCUAGCUGUCAGCUUAGAAAGCAUGAAAGAAUUCACACGGGAGAGAAACCGUAUCAGUGCUCCGAGUGUGGCAAAUGUUUCACGUACAGCUCUCAUCUUACGACACACAAAAGAACCCACACAGGAGAAAAACCAUACCAGUGUCCAGAUUGUGGCAAAUGUUUCAUCUCCAGCUCUCACUUUACAGCACACAAAAGGACGCACACUGGCGAGAAGCCCUAUCAGUGUUCGUACUGUGGGAAUAGCUUCAUUCAAAGAUCACAGCUGGCAAAACACGAGCGAUCCCAUACGGGAGAGAAACCGUAUAUUUGUUCAGAAUGCGGGCAGAGUUUUAGGUGGAGCCAAGGGCUUAAGAAACACAUGAGAACACACACCGGAGAGAAGCCUUAUAAGUGCCCAGAGUGUGAGAAAAUGUUUUCCAGUUCCUCAAAUCUUUCUAGACACCAGAAAAUCCAUGCAAGGGAGAAAUCAUGAAGAUGAUACUAAAGACUAUGGCAUGAAAGGCCUGUAAAUGGACCAGUCUACACAUGUAGCUGCACUAUGUAAAUAAUCAUCAUAAUGAGGUGAGCAGAACGCCGAGAUGGUAGAAUGGUCUAGUUAGUGGAGGAAUCACAUUUUUGAAUGCUUCAUUUUAAAACAAACCUUUCUGCAACUUGAAAGCCAGAAGAUCAGGCAAAUAAUGUAACAAACACUUAUCCUUCAUUUGCUAGCUUUCUAAAAUGUGAACUUUAUCAUAGAGAUUUUCUUUUUCUGAAAACAAGAUAAAAAUUAUACUAAAGCAAUUGGAUAAAAAUGAGCAUAGAAAAGUAUACAUGAACAAAAAUGAUUGUCUAAUCUUAUUGUAAUGCAAAAAUAUGUGUGAGUACUUUAGCUUUGGUGAACAGAGAAAAGUGCAGGACAAUUACAUGAACUCUAGCAAAUUAUAAAUGAAUGCAUUGAUAACUAGGAGGACUCAAUGUGCAGCAGCUGUGAAAAAGGCCAAUUCCACACCAGGGGUCAUUAGGAAGGGGGCCUAAAAUAAAACUACUAAUAUUAUAAUGCCCUUAUACAAAACUGUGGUGCAGCCACAUUCGGAGUACUGUGUGCAGUUCUGGUCACCAUAUCUUAAGAGGGACAUUGUAGAACUGGAAAAAGUGCAGAAGAGGGCAACCAAAUGACCAGUGGCCUGGAGCACCUUCCUUGCAAGGCGACAACACCUGGGGCUAUUUAGUUUGGAAAAAAGACAACUGAGGGGAGACAUGAUAAGAGUGCUAUAAAAUCAUGCAUGGUGUGGAGAAAGCUGAUAGAAAAAGUUCUCCCUCUCACAUAACACUAGAACCAAGGUUCAUCCCAUGAAACUGAUUGCCAAGAAAUUUAGGACCGACCAAAAGUACUUUUUCACACAAUACAAAAUCAAUCUAUGGAAUUCUCUGCCACAAUAUGUGGUGACAGCCAACAACCUGGAUGGCUUUAAGAGGGGUCUAGAUAAAUUCAUGGAGGAGAGGUCUAUCUAUGGCUACUAGUCUGAGGGCUAUAGACCACCUCCCACCUCAGAGGCAAGAUGCCUCUAAAUAGCAGUUGCAGGGGAGUAACAGCGGGAGAGAGGGCAUGCCCUCAACUCUUGCUGUGGGCUUCCCAGAGGCAUCUGGUGGGCCAUUGUGUGGAACAUGAUGCUGGACUAGAUAGGCCUUGGGCCUCAUCUAGCAGGACUUUUCUUAUGUUCCUAGAUACACAUUCAUUUGGGUGAAGAACUUCAAUGUAAGUUAAACAAGGAAACCCAUUUUUCAUUUAUAGUUUUAUUUCUAGCCUGCCCAAUUUGUUGAAUUAGAUGGUUCACUAGCAUUAAUUCUGACACUUCAGCAUUCCACCACCUCAUUCUGCUGUUUCCCUGACAGUUGGAUAGUAUGUCUGCUGAAUACCAGAAAACCAUACACAAGGGAAACCUUUCUGAUUUUUUCUGUGCAAAAACAUCACGAGUGAGGUCAUAUGCUACAGAAAAUAUACACUGUAAAUAGAAUCUUGACAACCUUGACUGGGGCACUAUCUUUUGUGAUUGUUCCUAGCAUUCUAGUCAUCAGAGGAUCUAGUGCAAUUGUGGCUUCAGUUCAUUGCCAGCCCUUUGGCACACCCAGAGUGGCACUGGAGAGACUUGAAAGAUACUUAGCUCUCGUUCAGGGCUGGUGUCUUAAGUGCUACCAGCUUUUCUUUUUUAAAAAAGUGUUGGCUACAUUUAGGAGCAUUAUGUAUUUUUCCAGUGCCCUUGAUGAUUGUAUGCAACCUCUGGGAAAAAAUCCAUUCCACUGUAAUGGGGUAUUUUAGAAUUUGCUAAUUUAAAUAUAUGUUUGUGCUUUUAGCCACUUCUAGGAGGCAACAACUAGCUUAUGUGUUGUCUGUGUUAAAGCUGCUUCUGUCCUUCAUUAAACUCAGUAUAUCAUGUC